AUGCAGCUUUGCCGUAACCGUCACGAAGGCUUCGGCCCCUCCUCAUCCGUCUCCUCGCCCCUGCCGACAUCUUGCUUCACCGAUGUGAUCCUCGUCCCCUUGCCCAUUUGGAUCGCACUCGCUCUCCUCCCGAUUCUCUUCGUGCUCUCCCUGCACCACCGCCGACAAAACUACAACCCCUCAACCGCUUACCUGCGCUUCGUGCCUCGAUGGAGCUGGGGCUACAUCGUUGCAGCAACCGUCUAUUACCUCUUCAUCAUCGCGAAUGCCUUGAUGCUCACCUUGGAGAUUGUCCGCUUGGAAUUGAUCCAUUUUGGGAUCGGGUUGAUACCAUUCGUGUAUGCCGGCCUGCUCAUCGGCCUCCUGCUCCACUGGACCGAAGGCGCGAAGGGGAGAAUAAGAGGAUGGCAAGCUGUGAAUUACAUCAUCUGGAUUGGAGGGAUUGCCAUGAGUGUUAUCAAAGUCGCUGGACUGGACAAGGAAGGCAUCAAUUUAAGGAAAGAAAGCAAAUAUCCGCUGAGUGACCAGGUCACUGAUAUUGCGGUUAUGGCGGGGCUGUAUGCUGUGAUUGCGGUGUUGGAAGUGGUGCUGGGUGUUUGGAGGCGGAGGCGGAGGAGUGAAGUGGAGAUGCCACCGAGUCCACAGAGAGAGCCGACUCCUUUUAUGGAGAGUGCGGAACUUGGAAGAAAAUAA